AUGGGACCAUCCAAUUCAACAAAGCAAUAUCAGCAGCCUUAUCAAGCUCCUCCAAUUCAACAAGAAGACCCUUCUAUCAAGGACAUGCUAUCUCAACUCUUAAAGAAAACCGAUCGGUAUGAACAGGAAGUUGUAUCGCUUAGACAAAGUCAGACGGUGUUGGAAAAGGCUCAAUCUAAUUUUGAGAUUCAAUUGGGACAAAUAGCUACUACUUUGAACAAAUUGGAGCGAGCACAAGGGCAAUUUCCAAGCCAAACAGAAAUUAAUCCAAGAAAUAAUGAGCAUGUGAUGGCCAUUACAACCUUGAGAAGUGGGAAGAUGAUCGACAACAAAGUAGAGAUGCAUGAGAAAGUUGAAAAGGAGAAGGAGAGGGGAACGGAUAUGAAUGACCAGCAGCAAAAUCAUUAUUUUAAGAGUUCAAAACAGCCACUAUCUGAGCCGAAAAGAACUUUAUUUGAUCCAAUGCUUAAGGAUGUGGUGUAUGAUCCUCCUCUACCAUUCCCUCAGCGUGCAAAGAAGGGAAGAAAAGAUCAGUACUCGGGGCAUAUAUUGGACCAAUUCAAGAAAGUUCAAAUCAACAUUCCAUUGCUUGAAGCCAUCAAAGAAAUUCCAUCAUAUGCAAAAUUCUUGAAAGAACUGUGUACUCACAAGCGAAAGUAUGGAAAAUAUGAAGAGGUGAUGUUAUCAGAAACGGUAAGUGCAGUGCUUCAACGAAAAUUGCCACCAAAACUCAAGGAUCCAGGAAGCUUUACAGUUCCGUGCAUUAUUGGAGAAAGAAAAUUUGAACGAGCCUUACUUGACUUGGGAGCAAGUGUCAAUCUUAUGCCUUAUUCUGCGUACAAACAUCUAAGUUUGGGGGAGUUAAAACAUUGUUCCAUGUCUUUACAACUUGCAGAUCGUUCUGUGAAAUAUCCAAGGGGCAUUAUUGAAGAUGUACUUGUCAAGGUUGAUCAAUUCAUUCUUCCUGCUGACUUCAUUGUUUUGGACAUGGAAGAAGCUGAAAUUCCAGGCAAUGAGCUACCUCUCAUUCUUGGUAGACCUUUCAUGGCUACUGCAGGUACUAAAAUUGAUGUAAAAGCUGGUUUACUAACCAUGACUGUGCAGGACGUUACCGUAAAAUUUCAGAUCUUUGAAGCUUUGAAGAGUCCUUUGGAUCCUCAUGAUUGUUUUCAGAUUGAUGUUGUGGAUCGAAUGAAAGAGAAGUUUGAGGUUGCUCCUGACAAAGCUUUACCUCGGAAAUAUUUUGAACCAAACCAAAAGGUUUUGUGGAAAAAGUCAAGGUUCACGUUAUUUCCCACUAGGCUUCGAUCUAGAUGGACUGGACCUUAUCUCGUUGUGCAAGCGUAUCCCCAUAGUGUUGUGGAAAUUCAAGAUAUGAAGAGUGGUUUGACAUUUAAGGUGAAUGACCAUCGUUUGAAGCAAUACCUGGACCCUAUCCCACAAAUGAAUGAGGAGGUUUUGUACCUCAAUGAUUCUCCAUUCAUUUGA